AUGACUAUCUCCAUCGUCAACAACUACUCCGCCGAUCGCCUGCAGAACUCGUCUUUCCACAUCAUGUGGCCCAUGGCCCUUUCUAUCAUUGGCUUCGUCGUCGGCGCGUCUGCGACUGCUGAGGGCGCGAGAUAUUUUGCUAUGAUGCUCAUGAUCGGUGGUGGCCACGGCUCCAACGCCGUCCUGGUGGCUUGGGCACAGAAGACCAUGCUCCGGCCGAGAAUCAAGCGAGCUGCCGCAGUCGCCUUUAUAAACGCUAUUGGAAACACAUCCCAGGUCAAUCUGUCCUAUCCUCCCCAGCCUCAUCUCCACCCACCCCCUUCCCCAUCCCCUGAUGCCAACCAUCUGCUUACUAUGCAAACGACAGUGAUCAUUCUGGCUGGGUUCAUGCGCGUGGUACUCCUGCGCGCCAACAACAAGCUCGACCAGGGCGCCGACGUGGCCCAGGUCAUGAAAGGAGAAGCGCAGGCCAAGGUAGAGGGUUUGUCCCAAGACGAGGCACGUGCCAGGAAACAAGCUUUCCGUUACAUCGCUUGA